UAUUCAAAUAUGCGGGUUACGAUUCUAGGAAACAAUCUGACUGCACGUCAUUUUGUGAAGUAUCUUGGAAAUUGCCACCAAUCUGUCCAACUUUCUCUUUGGACAUUUGACGAUUCAGAAUAUCCUGAAUUUGAAAAUGUCUCCACUUGCCUUCGUUACCACGGGAUGAAGAACCUUCCUAAUGCUCUGCUAGCAGCUGAUGUGGUCGUCAAUCUUCAUGAAUGCACCGAUUUCUCACUGCUUCCAGACGUUGCUAAACUUCAGAUGCACAACGUGGAAGUUGUCAGAUCAGUACUGUUCCAUUGCAAUUCGCCAUUGGUUCAUCUUUCGACACCCUUCUUGCAAUGUUCUCAUCGCUGGCCAAAUGUUUAUGAACCCGAGCGUGAUCCAGUCGUCUUCAAACCUCAAUGGCCAUUCCCUGAGUAUUGUGCGAGCAAGUUUGAAGCCGAGAAACUCGUUAAAUCCGCUCCGAACGACUGCUACAUUGUAAGAUGCGUUCCAACUUAUGGCGAAGGCGACGAUUGCUCUAUUCUCACUGAUUUGAUCUAUUUCUCCAACGACAAAACCAUUCUAUUUCUCGGUGAUGAUGACGGUCAUAUGCAAAUGGCGUACGCUGGAAAUGCAGCUGUGGCAAUAUGGUCAGCCGUCUGCAGAUUACUUUCACAAUCCACUAGUUUGAAUCUGAACGAGUCAUUUGAAGAGGAAUUGGGCGAUUUGCUGACUUCAGCCGAAAGCUCUUUCCGCUUCCAUCAGGAGAGUGAGAGAGUUUUUGAAAAGAGCAAAUUGGAAUUGUAUGCCAUUAAAGAAGAGGACGAAAAUCUUGAAGGGUAUCGUGCUCGUCAUAAUACAGUUCGCACCAGCAUCGAUGUCGACUCCGAGUCCAAAACAGAUAUCGACGAGAACUUGACCGAAGAAGGCGAAGUGUUCGAGCAAGGUGAUUGCACAAAACAAGGAUUCAAUUUCGAAAUUGAGGACGAACCGCAGUCUCAAAAUUUGGACUUCUCGAUAAUCAACGACUCGAAAUUUUCUAAAAAUGAUCGCGUUUUCGAGAUUUUCUUGAUCAACGACGAAACUCCAAAGAAAACAGUUUACAGCACCUAUGGACAACUUCUCUAUACUGGAAAAAGACUUCGUUCUGCCGUUCAGCUCUCGUUUAUUCCACUUUACUACAUCUACCUGUUGUUCUGCAUGGUUCUCCAGUUCACCAUGAAGCUUUUUGGGCCACUCAAGUUCGCAUCACUUCUGCCCAGCCCUGCUUUUCUGUACUUCUAUUUCCACCACUGGACCUUUUUCAACGCUACGAAAAGUCUUCUGAUGUUGGGAUACAAGCCAAACUUCGAGUUCAAAGAAUGUGUCAACAACUGCGUGAAACAUUAUCGAGAGUUCCGUAAGAAAGAUGUUCGUCUCUUCUCAUGGCAAAACUCUCUGACUGGAAACCCAAAAUCUUUCAAUUUGGAUAUAGUGCAUUGAUGCAGUAUCCCACCCAUAUAAAAUUGUUCGGUUUUUCCAAUAAUCCAAUACCCAUUUAAUGUAAAUACUGAAUUACUAUUUUAUAUGUUGCCAUUCUAUAGUUUUUAUGUUUAUUUCACUUUUCCCCGAUAGCAUCCCCUACACAUAGUUUUCUGUAAAUAAAGUUAGGUAAGUUCCCUCCCCCCGGUAUAUCUUAUAUGAAUUCUAUAAGCACCCUUCAUUCCCAAUAAAGCAUAGUUUUCAU